UGUACUCUGUAGUAUUGCGUGUACUCGGGGAUUAUCACACCGCUCACUUUCAUAAUCUGAUGAUGAUGACGUUAUACUGCAGCUCCUGAGCGCCACUUCUCGCGAGAUUACGGAAACAACCAGACGUCCUCUCUCUCUCCCCCCGUCUGUGUGUCUCUGUGUCUCUCCCUCCCUCCCUCUCCCUCUCUCGCUCUCUCUCUCUCUCGCUCUCUCUCCCUCCAGCCCUCCCUUCCCACGCCCCAGUGCGCUGUGGGACAGUGCUGCUAUAAAGUAUAUCCUCUCCCGGAGAAAGAUAAGAAGCCCGAGACAGGAGGGGGAUGAAGAUGGCGGACGCCAAGCAGAAGAGGAGCGAGCAGCUGAAGCGGUGGCUGGGCUCGGAAACGGACCAGGAGCCGCCGGAGCUGAAGAAGAAGAAGACGAAGGUGAAGUUCGACGAUGGCGCCGUGUUCCUGGCCGCCUGCUCCAGCGGCGACACCGAGGAGGUGCUGCGAAUGCUCGACCGGGGCGCCGACAUCAACUACGCCAACGUAGACGGUCUCACCGCCCUCCACCAGGCAUGCAUAGAUGACAACGUAGACAUGGUGACAUUCCUGGUGGAGCAUGGAGCCAGCAUCAACCAGCCCGACAACGAGGGCUGGAUCCCCCUCCACGCUGCAGCGUCCUGCGGAUACCUAGACAUAGCAGAGUAUCUGAUUAGCCAGGGUGCCAAUGUAGGAGUUGUGAAUAGUGAGGGCGAGACACCUCUGGACAUCGCUGAAGAGGAGGCGAUGGAGGAGCUCCUGCAGAAUGAGAUCAACCGACAAGGGUUGGAUAUUGAGGCAGCCCGGAAAGAGGAGGAGCGGAUCAUGCUAAAGGACGCCCGGCAGUGGCUCAACAGUGGCCAAAUUCAGGACAUCCGGCACGCCAAGUCUGGAGGAACGGCACUUCAUGUAGCUGCUGCGAAGGGAUACGUCGAGGUUUUAAAGCUUUUAAUCCAAACAGGGUAUGAUGUAAAUAUUAAGGACUAUGACGGCUGGACUCCUCUACAUGCAGCUGCACACUGGGGCAAAGAGGAGGCUUGUAGGAUACUGGUGGAGAAUCUAUGUGACAUGGACCUCAUUAAUAAAAUGGGCCAGACACCUUUUGAUGUAGCCGACGAAGAUGUUCUGGGAUAUUUAGAAGAACUACAAAAGAAACAAAAUCAACUGAUGAGCGAGAAGAAAGAUGUUAAGAUCAAAUCUCCUUUGAUUGAAAUGACAACCACUGGGGAUAACAACCAAUCACUGAAACCACUCAAGAGCAGAGAAACGCUGCUUCUGGAGCCAGAAAAGAGCGCCCCACGCAUCGAGACCUUAGAACCGGAGAAGGUGGAUGAAGAGGUGGAGGGGAAGAAGGACGAAUCAAGCUGCUCCAGUGAGGAAGAGGAGGAGGAAGAUUCCGAGUCGGAGACAGAAGCAGACAAGAGCAAGCCUUCAGCAUCGGUGAGCAACAGCACAACGCCAAUCCCAGCCAGCAUCACCGUGUCAUCUCCGACAAGCCCGACCAACCAGGUGACAACCCCCACUUCACCGGUGAAGAAGGUCACUCAGCCUGCUGGAAAGAUCUCAGCUAAAGUGGAAGAGGAGAGGAAGGACGAGUCUCCGGCUUCUUGGCGUUUGGGCUUGAGGAAGACCGGCAGUUACGGGGCACUAGCGGAGAUCACGGCCACCAAGGAGGCUCAGAGGGAGAAGGACACAACCGGGGUGAUGCGCUCGGCCUCGAGCCCUCGUCUCACCUCAUCUCUGGACAACAAGGACAAAGAGAAGGAAAAGGACAAAGUAACACGGCUUGCCUACGUGGCCCCGACCAUCCCCAGGAGACUGGCCAGUACUUCAGACAUCGACGAGAAGGAAAACAGGGACUCGACUGCCCUGAUUCGUAGCGGCUCCUACACCCGACGACGCUGGGAUGACGACCUAAAGAACAGCGAAGGGAGCGCCUCCACCAACCGAUCCUCCAGCUACCAGCGCAGCACUUCCCAUACGCUAGCGCUAGGGCGGAGCGGCAGCACGCGGGACGUGCCAGCCAAGUCUUCGUCCACCUCCAGCUUGGACCCUAACACCUGUAAUACUAAACCCUGGCAGCCACCCUCCUCCCACUACCAGUCUUACAGCAUUUACCGCAGUGGCUCUUUUAGCAGAAGACACGAGGACUUGAGCUCCUCGACUACAUCCUCCUCCACGACCACCACCACCUCCUCAUCUGUUACCUCGCCCACGGGCCAUCGCGGCUUAUUCCCCAGCCUGGGCUCCUACUCCACACGCACUGGCUCCACCAGUCUCACCAGCAGGUACUGGUCAGAGGAGAGUGCAGAGAGGGAGAAGGAGAAGGAGUCGGCUGCAGUCAUCCCCACUAUUAACACUGGCUCUACUACGACUGCCACGUCUACCACUACAGCCAUAUCUACCACUACCACCACCGCUGGCACUGUCACUGGCCCAGAAAGACGCAGGUCCUACCUGACGCCAGUGCGAGACGAGGAGUCAGAGUCUCAGAGGAAAGCUCGCUCCAGACAGGCCCGACAGUCGAGAAGGUCCACUCAGGGUGUGACUCUGACCGACCUGCAAGAGGCUGAGAAAACAAUCGGCCGGAGUCGUACCCCAAAGACCCGUGAGGAGGAGAGGGAGGAGAGAGAGAAGCAGGACAAGGAGAAGCAAGAAGAGAAGAAGGAGACUGAGACCAAGGAGGAUGAUUACAGGUCAAAGUACCGCAGCUAUGAAGAGCGUUACCGGCCUUCAUCCUCCUCCUCGGCCAUAUCCACAGUCAGCACUGCCUCCACCCCAUCCUACUCUAGUAGCUCCAGUGCCCUUAACAGGCCCAACAGUCUGACAGGGAUCACCUCCUCCUAUAGCUGCUCCUCCAGAGAUACAGAAAAAGAAGCAGACAAAAGGGAAGAGGAGAAGGAGGGAGAGGACAAGUCUCAGCCCCGCUCCAUACGGGAUCGCAGGCGGCCCCGCGAAAAGAGACGCUCCACUGGGGUCUCCUUCUGGACCCAGGAUGGUGAUGAUAAUGACCCUGACCAGCAGUCCGACUCAGAGGAGGGCAGCACCAAGGGAGAGCCACAGAGUGACAGAUUGUCCAGGAAUGAGAGCACUUCAUCCUUAGAUCGCAACGACACUCUUUUUAGCCGCAGCUACGGCGAGAGUCGAAGGCCGUACUCGAGCCGACUGGACAGAGACGACACCACUGACUAUAAAAAGCUCUACGAGCAGAUCUUAGCUGAGAACGAGAAGUUGAAGGCCCAGUUACGUGACACAGACCUGGAGCUGGCAGACUUGAAGCUACAACUAGAGAAGGCCACACAGAGGCAGGAACGCUAUGCUGACCGAUCACAGCUUGAGAUGGAGAAAAGGGAAAGAAGAGCUCUAGAAAGGAAGAUUUCUGAGAUGGAGGAGGAACUUAAGAACCUCCCCCAGGUAAAGCAGGUUCAGGCCCUGCGGCAGAUUAAGGAGCGGCUGCAGGCUGAGAACCGGGCCCUGGCCCGCGUGGUGGCAAAGCUCUCGCAGUCCGCCUGCAGCCAGCUGCCCAGCGUCGACCUCUAAGCCACGUCCACCACCUUCUCCUCCUCCCUUCUCCUUCCUCCUCACCUUUUCUCCUUCCCAACCCCAUUCUUCUCAUGCUCCAUUUGCGCUCUGCCCCGCACCCAUAGACAGGCAGGUGCCCAGCCGCCCAACCACCACUGGUUUUGUAAACUCCCCUUUCCACUCCCUCUGCCUCCCCAGAGCUUUUUGGUUUUCAGAUUGGGGAGCGUGUCUUUUGUUUUUUGUUUUUUUUGGGUUGCGUCCGGACACUCUCCUUUUACAGCACAUGACUGUCAGGUGUUUUUAAAAACAUCAAAAACGGAUAAAUCACGAGCGGAGAAGAAGCUCAGGUGAGUAUCGUUUGGCCGACAAGCGUCUAAAUUUACUCCAAAUGUAGAGAAUUCGAACACGUCUUCAUGUGCAGUGAAGGAAAGUGUCCUCUCUGUAGUUUUCUAGAUGUGACGCUUCCUUCAGAGGGAGCUCCGUCCUUCAGUUUGGCUUGUUCUGGCUUCUUUGCAUGAAGUUGCAUCGUUUUUUUGGCCCAAAUCUUCAGAGACUGAAGCUUUUUCUUUUACCGCAUCUGUACUCCUCAAAUUUCUAAUGAUUUCUAUCAGUUAUAUUUUAGACGGUUGCAUGGAGCAUAAAGUUUUGAUACUGAGGAACACGAUGGGAUAUUUAAAAGAGAAAAAAAAAAAAGCAGACGAUGGAUAUUUAUCAAGAGACAAUGAACGUUUAUUAACAGACUGAAAUUUGCUGCUGCUCGGCUCAGUGGGAAACUUUAAAAUAAUCAGCUUCUGUAUAGAUACAUUUUAAUUGUGCUGUGUAUUUUUUCCGGCCGCCACUGAGCAGCCUCCGAGGUUCUGCAUGGCUUUCUCAGGAACUUUGGCCUGCGGUGUGACGCCCCUUUUACUUUUCUCUCUGGAACGAUUGAGAAAAAAAAAGACAUAAGGAACAAAAAAAAAAAAACAUG